GAGUGAUGUUCUCGCUAACCCUAAUACGGCGGAGAAGAAACCAAGGUCCUCUUCCCCCUUCGUGCGGCGGUGACAUGAUGCCGUUUGCGCUUCUUCACAUCAGGCAAAACGGUCUGAGUGAAGGCUUCAUGAUUAAUCUCAUUGAUUCACUCCCUCACUGCGUCGUCUUCAAUGCUUCUUCGAUCUGAAAGGCGGUGAUUUCUUAGUAUAAAUAUGUGGAGGCUAGCAAGCAAUGGGGCAAGCCGGAGCAAGCACGGAGCAAGCAGAGCUGAUGGACCAAGUGACGGGCAUAUCAAGAUGGAUAGCCAUGGAACAAGUUACGGAAAGUGUGAUGAGAGAGAUAGCAAAGUCGAUUGCUUCAGUUCAAGCUCUCACAUGGGAGGUGAUAGGCUCUCAGACAUGGGAGAGCGCUGGAGUAAGAAACAGAGAGAACGAGAUGGAGAGCAACAGAGUAAGUGACAGAGAUAUUGAGAUGAAGAGCGUGACGGAGAAGUCGAGAUAUAGACACGAAGCAACCCAAGUGUUUCCAAGAAUUCAUUCACUUCCCUUAACUUCAUAGGUUGCUUGAUGUUAUUUGAUCUCUAGAUAUUGGCAUCGUUCACGAUUCUUAAAGGUAAUUAAUCAAAUAUUUUCCAUACAUGGGCUUUUCACAAGGAAGAACCAAGAGACACAAUGAGAUGUCAAUGAACCAAAUCUGGAUGCUUUUCUCAUGAAUUAUGACUAUACAUUUCUUCUUCUUUUGAGCUUCUGAGCAUCAAAUAUGUUUACACAAUAACGAUAUAAAUCAUGUAUUUAUGAUUAAUGA